UUAUUAGUUGGCUGGAAGGAGCUGAGGUUGGUGGUGGCAUGUUCUCAACAGCUGUGUUGAGUAAUUGAUCACAGAUCAUUGUGCGGAAUUGGAGAGUUUUUGGAGGUCACAACUGUGAUCAAAGCAACCAGGUAUAUCUCAUUUGCCAAUCAGAUGAAAAUCCUAUUCAGAGGAACAGGUCCCUGUUUUCUCUUGAGCUUCAUGAUAAUGCCCUUUCUUCUUCCUCCUCUCAGUAUGCACAGGGACAGAUAUGAAACUGCAGCAACCCUCCAGUCCAGAAAACCAUCCAGAUACACUCCGUUGGCUCUAUGAGAACUGUCAAGUCGUGCAGGGCAAUCUGGAGAUCACAUACCUACCAGCAGAUGUGGAUACAUCCUUUCUCAAAGAUAUCAGAGAGGUCCAGGGAUAUGUGUUAAUAGCCAAGAAUCAUGUGCGCCGUUUGCACCUGAAUAGCCUCUUGAUCAUUCGUGGGACCCAACUCUAUGAGGAGAAGUAUGCACUGGCUGUCUUAGACAAUGCUGAUCCCAGCGGAGAUGUGGGGCUGCAGGAGCUGGGCAUGUUGAAACUAACAGAGAUCUUAAAAGGUAGCAUAAUUAUAGACAGGAACCCUCAGCUUUGCUUUCAGGAGACCAUCCAUUGGGAAGCUAUCUUCCAUAAAUAUAACUGGCAAAACUAUACGGAGAUCAGCAGCCAUCGCCGUAGGAACUGCCUUGACUGCAGCCAAAUCUGCCCGCAUAAUAACCACUGCUGGGGAGAAGCAAAAGGGAGCUGUCAAAUAUUGACAAGUACAAUCUGUGCCAGCAGCUGCCCAAGGUGCAAAGGGGGACGCCCGACAGAUUGUUGCCACGAGCAGUGUGCAGCAGGCUGCACAGGACCCAAACACUCCGAUUGCCUGGCCUGCCUGCACUUCAACCACAGUGGGAUAUGUGAACUGCACUGUCCACCUUUGAUGAACUACAAUCCAGAUACUUUUGAAAUUAUGCACAACCCAAAUGGACGCUACACUUUUGGAGCAACGUGUGUCCCUCAUUGCCCUUAUAACUACUUGGCCGCAGAGGUGGGCUCUUGCACUUUGGUGUGUCCCCAGAACAGUCAAGAAGUGAGCAUGGGUACUAUGCAAAAAUGUGAGAAAUGUGACAGUUCUUGCCCAGAAGUCUGCUAUGGUUUAGGAAUGGACUUCCUGAAAGGUGUUCGUGCUGUCAAUGCCUCUAACAUCCACCAUUUUGCUGGCUGCACCAAGAUCUUUGGCAGUUUAGCUUUUCUGAAAGAGACCUUUGCAGGAGAUCCUGCCACCAAUACCCCACCCCUACAACCUGAACAACUUGAAGUCUUUGUGGACCUGAAAGAUUUAACAGGCUUCCUAUACAUUGAAUCCUGGCCAGAGACUCUGUUGGACCUGAGUCCUUUCCAAAACCUUCAGGUGAUCCGAGGGCGGGCACUUUACAAUGGAGCCUAUUCCCUAACACUGCAAAACCUCAACAUCUCCUCGCUGGGCUUGCGUUCACUACAAGAGAUCAGUAGUGGCAUGGUCCUUAUCCACCACAAUCCCAACCUUUGCUUCAUCCAAAAUGUUCCUUGGGGAGACAUCUUCAGAAACCCUCGGCAGAAGCUAUUCCACAAUGACAACAACCCACCUGAGCAGUGUGAUCUCCAAGGCCAGAUUUGCUUCUCGCUGUGCUCCCAGGGACAUUGCUGGGGACCAGGGAAAAGUCAGUGUGUGUCCUGCAACGGCUUUCUCCGGGGGAAGGAAUGCAUUGAGAAUUGCAGUGUUCUAGAGGGAGAUAUCCGGGAAUAUAUCAAUGGAACACGGUGCUUUUCAUGUCAUCCAGAGUGCAUGCCCCAAAAUGGGACUGAAUCUUGCUACGGAUCGGAGGCAGACCAGUGUGUAGCUUGUGCUCAUUACAAAGAUGGACUGUCCUGCGUAGAGCGGUGUCCCAGUGGUGUGAAACUCGAUGGCUCUUUCAUACCUGUUUGGAAGUACCCCGAUGAAGACAACGUCUGUCAGUUCUGCCCAAUCAACUGUACCCACUCAUGUGCAUUACGGGAUGAAUUUGGCUGCCCUGUGGAUCAGAAACCCAGCCAGGCUACUUCAAUCAUUGCUGGUGUAGUGGGUGCUGCACUUGCCCUAGUACUGUUGCUUCUUACUGUUAUUUGCAUCAAUCGACGGAAGCAGCAAGAGAGGAAACAUGCAAUGAGGCGUCUUCUGCAGGAAACUGAGUUAGUGGAGCCUUUGACCCCCAGUGGAGCUCUUCCAAACCAGGCUCAGAUGCGUAUUCUCAAGGAGACAGAACUGAAAAAAGUCAAGGUUUUGGGGUCAGGUGCUUUUGGAACUGUGUAUAAGGUGAGGAAAACAGGGAUUGAGAAUUACUUAGUUAAAUUUGGGCAAAUGGCAGGGGAGGCUUUGGUUGGCAAUAAUUUGAAGACCACCUCAAGAAAUUCAGAGCAUCUCCCCUCUUUCCCUCACUCCCCAAACCCUUUGAAGACAACCUCUGGUCUUCACUGGCACCAGCCUUGAAACACUGAAAACACAACAUGAAUCAACCAGUGUUCUUCCCAGUUGACCAAGGGAAGAGCACAAAAAACAGCCCACAACUAAUAGCCCAUUCCCUACAGAAAUUUCUUUCUGCUGUGUCUGUCUGAUGCUUUCUAAAACUGAAAGAAACAUGAGUAGUUGUCUAUGAUAGGGAAAGGCACCAUCCUUCUGCUCAGUUUAAAAGAUUAUAGAAGUACUGGUAUGAAGCAAUAAUGGCUGAACUGCUAUAGGAGUUGAGAGGUAUGAUAAACCCAGAUUUCCCACUGAUGAGAAAAAUGGCCCACCCUCCAAGUUUUGCAGGCUUCAAUAUCUCUAAAGAAAAACUGGCUUCACUGUGAUUAUCGAUGCACCAUAUUCUAGCUGGAAAUUGGCUCAGCUGCUGAACAGAUAAAAUAUUGUGAGAUCACAGAGAUGUGGUGCUGAUGUGGGACCCUCACUGUA